GACUUAAUUUGUGAAACCCCUCAUGUACUUGCAUUGGCAACAAAUUAAAACGCCCUCAUCGGCAAUAUCGAUGCAUACAUUGGCCAUUUCAUUGUCAGCCGCCAAAGUAUUUUCAUAGGUCUUUUCUGCUUUUCUGUUGAAAAUGAACCGAAUUUGAGUGAAUAAAAAUGGGGAUCGAAGCAUGAUCUUGCAUAUUACCUUGCUUACGAUAACACUGCAAGCAUCUGAGUAUUGGAUCCAGAUCAAGGAAUUAUGUGACUCGUGAAUAUAGUCUAAGGAUUUGGAUAUUCUCAUUCGCAUCAUCACAGGAGACACAAAGUGUUCAUUCAACAUAAUCUUCUGAUUAAUCAUCUAUUGAGAAAUCAAUGGGGAACGCAAGGAAAAUCUGUGUCAUAACUUCAACGUUGAUGUUGGUUGUUCUGGUGAUUUUAGAUCAGUUCUAUGACUAUCAUUAUCUGAAUUCGUCGCUGACUUCGGGGUUUGAUAUUCUGGCAAUUCGGUUCAAGAUUGUUGACCAUCGCGCCCCGGCUCCUCUCGCGCAGUCAUCCUCAGAUGGAAGCAAGAAACAUCCUUUGUGUCCUGGAAGAACAGCUCGGACAUUCCCUCAAUUCUCCUACCCCUCGGUCCAUCCUAUCAACUGGACAAACCACAUGGACAUUACCAACCACACCACGACGACAUUCGAGCUUGUAAACCCUAAGGAAACUUACUUCAUAUGCGACGAAAUCGAGUUGCGUGUACAUGCGCGUAAUGGCCGCAACGAGUCUAAAAAAUAUGGCGGUGACCUUUUCCGAGCAAAGAUUUUCACCAAAAACUCAACUUAUUCUGCGAGUUCCUCAUCUGACGGCGAAAUUGUUGAUCACGGCAACGGGACAUAUAGCGCAUAUUUCACUUUUAAAUGGACAGGAAUGGUCUCGAUUUCUAUGUCUCUGAUAGUUCCAAGCGAGGCUUCUUAUGUUUUGGAUCGCAUACGCAUUGAACACCAGCCCAGGAUAGCAUAUUUCGGAGGAUUCGUGUCCAGUAACAAAUCCGAAAAGGAGGGAUUUUGCAACCUACAACUCAGGAAACCUAUGAAUGAGACUGAGUAUUGCAAUUUCACAGAUGCGGCUACUAAAUCUCCAUGGUUUUGCGAAAAGCCAGCUGGCUUUCAUUGCAGCGAAUGGAAGAAGCAUCGAAUCGAUGGUCGCAGAUCGGAACAGCAAGCCUUCGAAGUGAUCAAUCAAACAGAAAGGGAAGCAUUUAAAGUGUCGAACAAAAUGCUCCGUGGUUCGGUAAAAUCUGUGCGAGUGAUCAAUGUGAAUUCCACACGAAGACCCAUGAUAAGGAUCGAAGAUCUACCAGUUUGUACACUAGGCUACAACAGCGAGCAGCCAGAAGUUGCGGGCUUCUACGAAAUGGACAAUUGGUACCCUCCAGCUUGUCAGGUUCAUCGCUUCAGAAAUGUGGCUAAAAUGAGGAAGUGUUUCAGGAACAGGCAAUUCUUCUUCUUUGGUGAUUCCACUAUACGACAACUACACGAGUACUAUCUUGAUACGCUGAAAUUAUCAAAAUCUUUCCUCGGAGAGGAGGGGUCCGGCUACACAGGACCAGUUUCGGGCCGAGAUGUGAGAAACAGUAUAACGACAUUUUUCGCUUUUCAUAAAUAUCCCGUUGGCAAACAGAGUUGGACCUACGACAAAGAUUUGGAGUAUAUUGCUACGAGGAUCAACAACCUUUCCAGCUCCGGGUACCCGGUGGUAGUUGUUUCUGUUUGGGCGCACUUUGAGUCGGCUCCUCCGGUGAUUUAUGAAGAAAGGGUCCGGGGAAUAGUACUUGCCAUGGGAAAAUUGCUUGACAGGAACAAACGAGCUGUGGCCUUAUUCAAGAGCGGCAACACGCGGCAAGUUAAAUCAUUGGGCCAAUAUGCGUGCUGCAGUGACUGGUACGCGAGAGGCACUGAAGAGCGAAUGCGUAAGAUUAUUUUUCAGGACAAGAGGAUAGGUUUCAUCGAUGCUUGGGAUAUGACGCAUGCGCAGUUAUUAGCUGAUGAUGCUCAUCCCAAAGGCUCUCACGUUGCCAACAUGAACGAUCAACUUCUCACGUUCUUAGGAUGCUCCUGAAAUGGUGUUCUGUAUUCAUGGUAUUUUUCUCUGUACUAUA